GGCUAUGGGCUUCAGUUUUGCGUGCUCUCAUCGUACCUCUGGACCACCUGCUUUGCCUUUCACUUGUACCAAAUCCUCGUCAAAGCCAACAAGACGCCCGAGAUGUACGAGUGGCGCUACGUGCUGCUGGCAUGGGGGGCCCCGCUCCUCAUUGUCCUCAUGUUUGGGAUCCAGCAACUCUGUGGGUUUGAACUCAUCGGGUUUGGUGGACUGCCGUGGUGCUGGGUUCGCUCGUGGAGCGACGACCAGUGGGUCCUCGAUGGCUACGUGCUUCAAAUGCUCUUCUUCUACGGCCCUCUCACCGUCGCGUUGGCGGUCAACACAGCGCUCUUCCUCACGGUUGCUACCAAGCUGGGGCGGUCGACCGUCAUGUCAACGGGCAUGGAAGACAAGAUUCGCCGGCGCAUGAUGGCCUACAUUGGGAUCUUCGUCCUCACGUGUGCCUGGGGCGGCCUUGGACGGACGUUCCAGGUGAUCUCGCCCCGCCACGAAAUCAGCCCCGUCUUCUUGGCGCUGACUGCGUUCUUUGCCCCGCUGCAGGGGGCGCUCAACUGCGUCACGUACGGCCUCAACAAGCUGCUGCGCGAACGCUUCAUGUCGGCCAUUCGGCGGUGGCGACAACGCAGCGGGGCCAAAGGUGCUGCUGGUCUGCCCGAGAAGCGCACGCUGGUUCACAGUCCCAAGCGCGUCCGAAGAACGUGA